GGCUCAGCCAUAGUUGUGGUGGAAGAUCUUUGCUCCCAUCAGUCUCUAUUAUCUUGUCCUGGAGGACUGUCCCAGCUGAGCUCAGGCCUGUUUAAAGGAUUUAUCUACAGACUGCCACAGUUCUAAAUUCCAGGUGGUGUCUGUCUGACCUGCAGACGUUUUAAGAUGCCGCUGUCCCGUUCCCUGUCCAUGACGUCCCUGAGCGGGGUGCUGCCGGCCUGGGAUGAAGCCGAGCUGCCUGUGGAGGACCUGCUGCUCUUCGAGGUGGCCUGGGAGGUCACCAACAAAGUUGGAGGAAUCUACACAGUGAUCCAGACCAAAGCCAAGAUCACAGUGGAUGAAUGGGGGGAGAACUACUACAUGAUGGGGCCCUACUUCGAACACAACUUUAAGACUCAGGUGGAGGCCUGCGAGCCGCCAAACCCCGUCAUCAGGAAGGCCAUGGACGCUCUCAUCCACAACGGCUGCCAGGUUCAUUUUGGCCGCUGGCUGAUUGAGGGCAGCCCCUUUGUGAUCCUGUUUGACAUUGGCUCUGCAGCCUGGAACCUGGACCGCUGGAAGGGGGACCUGUGGGAGACCUGCAGGAUAGGCUUGCCCUACCACGACCGAGAGGCCAACGACUCGCUCAUCCUGGGAUCCCUGAUCACCUGGUUCUUCAAAGAGUUGACAGACCAGCUGGGAGACAAGCCCAAUGUCAUUGGUCAUUUCCACGAGUGGCAGGCGGGUCCAGGGGUUAUUCUCUCUCGCUCCCGCAAGAUUCCCAUGGCAACGGUCUUCACGACACACGCCACCCUGCUGGGACGAUAUCUCUGUGCUGGGAAUGCCGACUUUUACAACAACCUAGACAAGUUCAAUGUUGACAAAGAGGCGGGUGAGAGGCAGAUCUACCAUCGUUACUGCCUGGAGAGAGCAGCGGUCCACUGUGCUCAUGUCUUCACCACAGUUUCCCAGAUCACGGCUGUGGAAGCCAGCCACAUGCUGCACAGGAAGCCAGAUGUGGUGACACCAAAUGGGCUGAAUGUGAAGAAGUUCUCGGCCAUGCAUGAGUUUCAAAACCUGCACUCCACCAGCAAGGCCCGCAUCCAGGAGUUUGUCAGAGGACACUUCUAUGGUCAUCUGGACUUCAACCUGGAGAAAACCCUCUUCUUCUUUAUCGCUGGACGCUAUGAAUUUUCCAACAAAGGAGCUGAUAUUUUCCUUGAAUCACUGUCCAGACUCAACUACCUACUGCGGGUUCACAGAAAUGAUAUGACAGUGGUAGUUUUCUUCAUCAUGCCAGCUAAAACCAAUAACUUCAAUGUGGAGUCACUGAAGGGACAGGCAGUACGCAAGCAGCUCUGGGAUACAGCUCACACUGUGAAGGAGAAGUUUGGUAAAAAACUGUAUGAUGCUCUGUUAAAAGGGCAGAUCCCUGACAUGAACUCCAUUCUGGAUCGAGACGACUUCACUAUUAUGAAGAGAGCCAUCUACGCCACUCAGAGACACAGCCUCCCUCCGGUGACCACUCACAACAUGCUGGACGACUCAACAGAUCCCAUCCUUUCCAACGUGAGACGCAUCGGCCUCUUCAACUCCAGGAACGAUCGUGUCAAGAUUAUCUUCCACCCUGAGUUCCUGUCCUCCACCAGUCCUCUGCUGCCGAUGGACUAUGAGGACUUUGUCCGUGGCUGUAACCUUGGAGUAUUCCCCUCCUACUAUGAACCAUGGGGAUACACACCUGGUGAAUGUACUGUAAUGGGCAUUCCAAGUGUGACCACCAACCUGUCAGGUUUCGGCUGCUUCAUGGAGGAGCAUGUGUCAGACCCUGCUGCCUAUGGCGUUUACAUCGUGGACCGGCGGUUCUGUUCACCUGAAGAGUCCUGUAAGCAGCUGACCCAGUUCAUGUUCAGUUUCUGCCAGCAGUCUCUGCGUCAGCGCAUCAUCCAGCGGAACCGAACUGAGAGGCUGUCUGACCUGCUGGACUGGAAAUACCUGGGACGGUUCUACAUACACGCCCGCCAUCUCGCGCUUAACAGAGCUUUCCCAGACAAGUUCAAGAUCGACCCCAUGGCCCCUCUGAAGACAGAAGGUUUCCGUUACCCCCGGCCAUACUCGGUGCCCCCCUCUCCCUCUGCCUCCAUCCACUCCACUCCCCACCACAGUGAUGUGGAGGACGAUGAUGAUGAUGAUGAUGAGCCCUACAAUGAAGAUGAGGAGGCUGAGAGGGAUCGACUGAACAUCAAGGCUCCCUUUGUGCUGGGCAUUGUGCCAGAGGACAAGAAGAAGCAAACUGAGAUUAACCAUGAGUAGCUGCAGAUUAUACACAGGUUUACAGCAUUUCUGAUGAAUCUAUAGAGAACAAGUUUGUGGAUUUAAUAAAGAUAAUAAAAGGCCUGAACAUGUUAUGAAAAUGGAUGGUCUUGAUAGUGCUGUUUUGGAAUAUACCCUGAUCCAGGUCCAUCACAAAACCCAGACUCCUGUUCUGAAUCUCAGUUUAAUUGUGGUGUUCCCCAAGGCUCCAUUCUUGGCCCACUAUGGUUUUCAAUAUACAUGCAUCCUCUCAGUCAGUUUUUACAGGAAAAAUAUGACUUAAAUUGCUAUGCAAAUACCAUAUAGUUCUAUGUUCAAUCAGUCAAUCAAACUUUACCGUUAGCCAAAGAUGAGAGAAAGCUUUACUUGUUGCUAAAGUGUUUAGUGGUUAUUGCUAACCGCUAACUGCUGCUAACUGUAGCUGCUGUCAGCUAGUUAGAUCAGUUGGCUGUGCUCACUAGUUUUUGAUCAUGAGGAAUCAUAAGAAAUGCAUGUGUACGGCUGUGUGUAACAGCGGUGUAUAAGUAAAUUGCACUCUGAAACUGUAGGGGCGCUACUUUAACAGUGAAAUUACAACAAUUUUUCAAGUUUCAACCCAGUGUGCUAAUGAUAUAUGAUUAUUGUUCAGUUAUCUCUUGGUUAAAUACUUGUCAAAAAGUAGUUUAUAUGAAAUAAUUUUUCCUGUUAAACUACAUGGUUGAUAAACAAAUGAGGUCCAACACUGGGUGUGGACAGAGGUGUCCGUAUACUUUUGACCAUAGUGUAUGGCAGUGGUUCCCAACCUUUUUGGUCUGACGUACCUCCAUACACACAGUGUACCCCUUCAUCAACACUAUUCAUUAUAUAAAAGUGGAUAUUGUUAUAUUUUUUUCAUACAGUUGAACUGUCAAUUUUAAGGUUGGUUUGGUCAGCAGUCCUACUACUUCAAGCCUUCAAGGAUACUACUACCAUUUCUCCUUUACUAUUCAUUUGAGCUGUUUAGUCAGUACUUUUAGCUAUUUAUUUGUACCAUUCAUUACUUUUAGCCAUACUUACUAAUUACUGACUACAUGUAGUUUUCACACACUCGCAACAUGCAGUGUUCGGGUGUUACAGUUGAAGUCAUCUUAAUAUGUGGAUAUAUUGUUCCAAUCAAAAAAAAAUUAUUUCUAUAACAUCUGGCUUCACGCCUGCAUCUUUCCUUUACAUAAAUUUGACCUAAAAAGUGACAAAUAGAUGACUCACUUUGGUUACAUCCUUGAUUUACAUGGCCAUAUCAUAAAUCGCUGAUUCAUUUAUAUACUUGAUAUGCAUUUGUAUGUAUGUACUUUUAUCUUACACUUGGUGAUAGUAAUGGGAGAAAGAUACCCUUCAUAUUUUGUCAAGGAAGUUUAAAAAACUCAGACAAUUUCAGACCAAUAGUGCUAUGAUUUCAAACUCUUUAUUAAAACACAACAUUUCAAACAUAGUCAGAGAAUUCAUAUUUACAAAAAAGAUGUUCUUCUCCCUUACAUAACCUUAGAAUCAAAAACAAAGAUGUGUUAUCUAUCAGCUUUAGAAAUGUAUGAAAGACGAUCAGAAGUAUUCUCUCUUCCACACUGGCAGCUCCUGGAAAUACACCUCAUCUGGGUUUUCAUCGGCUAUGAGAAAGAAAGAAAUUAACAUUAAAUUAUGGAAUUAGAAUAUCCAAUAUAAUAAUGGUAAAUGAAAUAUAAGUGUUGAGUCAAUGACAGAGCAAAAUACACAGAAUCUUUCAUUUGAAUUCCUUGAAAGUCCUUAAAAUGUUGUGGAUGAGAGGGAUUUUUUUUUAACUAAUUUGUCUCUAUUUGACUUGAAAUUAGACCUUCAUAACCCUUGUUAUGUUUUUACCCGAGUUUCCUUAAAUUCCAUCAAUAAAAGUAUAAAUGAAAUGAA